GACAGCGGGAGACUUGGACGUCAGAUUUCGCAGUUGUCCUCCAACAGACGAGCGGCCGAUCGCUGACAAACACGCCGGCCGGGGCGCUGCUGAGCGGACUGGAGGGUUGACCGUGCGGCUGGAGCUCCACUGCGGUGAUCCACUCACUCCCGUGGAUCCCCGAUGGAAAACGUCAGAACUGCAGCAGCACUUGUGGUCCCUCCGUUUCAGCGGGUAGCGAGGUGCAGUGCCCAACUCCUGCUGUGUUUGCUGCUUUAAAUGAGUCAGACUGUUCCCGUGCAGGAUGUCGUGGGCCAGAGGUCUCUUCUCCGGCAGACUGGACCAGAGGAAGACGGCAUGGGGGGAGCGCAACGGGAAAAAGAGGACGGAGAGCUCAUCCUUGUGCCACCCGCGCUACAUGAGCUGCCUGAAGGAUCCAGAGGACCCUCGUAACACGGCGCCUCAGCAGCAGAACUGUGGACCUGGAGGGGGCAACUUCAGCGUGCGCUGCGUGUGGCAGGAGGACCACUACGGCCGCAGGACCGGGGGGGAUCUGGCUGCGAAGGCGGUGGACUUGGCCUUGGAGACGGACGAUGGAGACUUGAAAGACAGGAAGAGAGAAGCAGAAGGCGGCUGCUGCUCCAUGACUGCAGCAGACUGCUGGAUCAGGUUCAUUUCCGUUUUUCAGUCCAAAAAAUUCAAGUCGGCCAAACUGGAGCGUCUGUACCAGCGCUACUUCUUCAGACUCAACCAGAGCUCGCUCACCAUGCUGAUGGGCGUGCUGGUGUUGGUGUGCGGCGUCAUGCUGACCUUCCACUGCCUCAGCGUCACCCCGGAUGUGACCUAUGUCACCGUGCUCUCUGUGGCCAUGGCCCUCUUCCUGGCCAUGAUGGUGGUCUGCAACCGCAACGGCUUCCACCAGGACUACAUGUGGAUGGUCAGCUACCUGGUGAUCCUCGUGUUGAUGGUGGUGCAGGUCUUUGGGGUGCUGAUGGUCUCCCCCCGCAGCGCCUCCGAGGGAAUCUGGUGGACCGUCUUCUUCAUCUUCAUCAUCUACACACUGCUCCCCGUCAGGAUGAGAGCCGCCGUGAUCAGUGGGGUGCUGCUGUCCACUAUACACACCGCCACAGCCUGGACCCUCAACCAGAAGGACAAGUUCAUCCUCACGCAGAUCCUCGCCAAUGUGCUCAUCUUCAUCUGCACCAACCUGAUCGGGAUUUGCACCCACUACCCGGCCGAGGUUUCCCAGAGGCAGGCCUUCCAGGAAACCCGCGGCUACAUCCAGGCCAGGCUGCACCUGCAGCGGGAGAACCAGCAACAGGAGCGGCUCCUGCUGUCAGUGCUGCCGAGGCACGUUGCCAUGGAGAUGAAGGCCGAUAUCAACGCUAAGAAGGAAGAUAUGAUGUUCCACAAGAUCUACAUUCAGAAGCACGACAACGUCAGCAUUCUGUUUGCAGACAUCGAGGGCUUCACCAGCCUGGCGUCCCAGUGCACAGCCCAGGAGCUGGUCAUGACGCUGAACGAGUUGUUUGCACGCUUCGAUAAACUGGCCUGGGAAAACCACUGUCUGCGGAUUAAAAUCCUGGGAGACUGCUACUACUGCGUGUCCGGUCUGCCGGAGCCGCGCGCCGACCACGCCCAUUGCUGCGUGGAGAUGGGCGUGGACAUGAUCGAGGCCAUCUCGCUGGUGCGCGAGGUGACAGGCGUGAACGUCAACAUGCGAGUGGGCAUCCACAGUGGGCGGGUCCACUGUGGCGUUCUUGGUCUGCGGAAGUGGCAAUUUGACGUCUGGUCCAAUGAUGUGACACUCGCCAACCAGAUGGAGGCGGGAGGAAAGGCAGGUCGGAUCCACAUCACCAAAGCAACUCUCCAGUAUCUGAACGGUGACUAUGAAGUGGAGCCAGGCUUCGGAGGAGAGAGGAAUUCUUACCUGAAGGAGAACAACAUUGAAACCUUCCUGGUGCUGGGCUGCAGCCAGAAGCGGAAAGAGGAGAAAGCCAUGAUGGCCAAGAUGCAGCGGGUUCGUGCCAACUCUGCGGAGGGUUUGAUGCCACGCUGGGUUCCCGACAGAUCCUUCGCCAGAACCAAGGAGUCCAAAGUCUUCCGGAAGAUGGGCAUUGACGAGGCUUCCAGCAAAGACAACCGCUGCGCCCAGGAGGCCCUGAACCCCGAGGAGGAGGUGGACGAGUUCCUGGGUCGGGCCAUCGACGCACGGCGCAUCGACCAGCUGAGGAGGGAUCACGUCAAGAAGUUCCUGCUGACAUUCCAAACAGCCGCCCUCGAGAGGAAGUACUCCAAGAAGGUGGACGGUGGUUUUGGGGGGUACGUGGCCUGUUCGCUGCUGGUCUUCUGCUUCAUCGCCUUCAUCCAGAUGGUCGUCUUCCCAAACACGGUUCUCAUGCUGGCCCUGUACCUCAGCAUCUUCAUCAUCCUGGCCAACAUCCUCUUCGUCUGUGCCAUCUAUUCCUGCUUCCAAAUGUUCCCGGCGGCCUUGCAGACACUGUCUCAGAAGAUAGUCCAGUCUCGCACCAACAGCUCACUGGUGUGUGUCCUCACCAUCCUGCUCCUCUUCACCUCGUCCUUUGCAAACAUGUUUUCCUGCAGCAGGGAGAGCGUGCCGGAGUGUGUCGGCGCUGAGCAGAAAGCACCUGUGACGCUGUGUCUGCUGCAUAACCUGACCAGAACCUCGGAGGACGGUCUGACUCUGUGCCUCAGCCAGGACGUGCCCUGCCAUUUCCCAGAGUACUUCACCUACAGCGUGCUGCUGACCCUGAUGGUCUGCUCCGUCUUCCUCCACAUCAGCAGCAUCGGGAAGCUGCUUCUGAUGCUGCUGGUGCAGCUCAGCUUCCUGCUGCUGGUCGAAGGUCCUCAUGUGACCCUGUUUGACAACGCAGACGUGCUGGUCACCGCUAACACCUUUGCCUCACCUGUAAAUGAAUCACUGCGACAGUUUGGGUUCAACGAAACUGUGGAGGAAUGUCCUGAAGAAGUGACCAAAGUGUACCUGAAAGUCAUGACCCCUGUGAUCCUGACCGUCUUCGUCUUGGCGCUGUAUUUGCACGGCCAGCAGGUGGAAUCCACAGCCAGGCUGGACUUCCUCUGGAAGCUGCAGGCCACGGAGGAGAAGGAGGACAUGGAGGAGCUGCAGGCCUACAACCGCCGCCUGCUCCACAACAUCCUUCCCAAAGACGUGGCCGCCCAUUUCCUGCAGCGAGAGCGGCGCAACGAUGAGCUGUUCUACCAGUCGUGCGAAUGUGUGGCUGUCAUGUUCGCCUCCAUCAGCAACUUCUCUGAGUUUUAUGUGGAGCUGGAGGCCAACAACGAGGGCGUGGAGUGCCUAAGACUGCUCAACGAAAUCAUUGCUGAUUUCGACGAGAUCAUCAGUGAGGAGCGCUUCCGUCAGCUGGAGAAGAUCAAGACCAUCGGCUCCACCUACAUGGCGGCCUCGGGCCUCAACAACUGCACCUACGACCGAGAGGGUCGCUCUCACAUCCUGGCCCUGGCCGACUACGCCAUGAGGCUCCGGGAGCAGAUGAAGUACAUCAACGAGCACUCGUUCAACAACUUCCAGAUGAAGAUCGGGCUGAACAUGGGCCCUGUGGUCGCGGGGGUCAUCGGAGCCAGGAAACCUCAGUAUGACAUCUGGGGGAACACGGUGAACGUGGCCAGCCGCAUGGACAGUACCGGGGUGCCCGACUGCAUCCAGGUGACCACAGACUUGUACCACGUGCUGGUCAACAGGGGCUACCAGCUGGACUGCCGAGGUGUUGUCAAGGUGAAGGGCAAGGGCGAGAUGACAACCUACUUCCUGACCAGCGGACCCUGCAGCAAGAGUCACACACCACCAACAAACCCUGAUGCCUUAUAGUCGGACGUAGCUGCGCGUCUUCAUGAGCAAUAGUUCUCCAUCUGAGUCUAUUUAUUUCAUAGAGAAGAAAAUGUUUGGAAAGAAAAUAUGCAAGGAAGUUAAAUACAACCAAAGAGAGUGAUGUGAGGAGGAGUCACACACUGCCGGGUGACGUUCUCACUCAGAUAAACAUGGCGACGUGUGUGCGUCAUGGUGGCUCUGAUUGUGAGUCGCCACAGUCUCGCGGUUGUUAUCACGGUACUGAUAUGUUUUCUACACUUGUGUUCCUGAAGAAAUGCUGACGUUUGUCUUUUAAAGUGGCAAGUCACUUUUCACUGUGAGAUUUUACAAUGAAGCUUUUCUGCCGAGUCAUGUUUUAUAUGAUUCUUCAGACUGGUGUCAGUUGACUGUUUGAUAAAAAUGACCACUCGGA